AUGAUGAAACAAGUUGCUGUAUUACACGAUGAAUUAAAACAAGCUCUCCAGAAAGUAAGAGAAGAAAGAGCAUUCAAUGCAUCGGAAUGGAUUGAAAAGAAAACUGAAAUGUUCAAUGGAUAUAUGAGAAAAUGUGGAUUGAAAGCUUGUGUGGUAUCAAUUUCGGGAGGUAUUGAUAGUGCUGUCACCUUUGCUUUGGCAGUGAGAGCCAUGCAACACCCCAAUUCACCAAUCAGAAAAGUCUAUGGAAUUGCUCAACCCAUCAAAUCGACUGAAAAGAUUUGGAAACGAGCAUUGGAACUUGAACAAGUGUACGCUGGUGGUGGUGGUGGUCAGAUCCAUAUGGAUCGAUCUGUUCAUAUUGUCACUGUCGAUCAAAGUGAUAUUCAUACUCUCAUUCAAGAACGUACUGAACAAGCGAUGGGAAUUAAGAGUGGAGAUUUCAGUAGUGGACAACUCAAAUCCUAUAUGAGAACACCUGUUGGAUUCUUUUCAGCUCAAUUAUUGAGUCAAUCUGGAUAUCCAUGUAUUGUAUUAGGAACUGGUAAUUAUGAUGAAGAUGGUUAUUUGUAUUACUUUUGUAAGGCAGGUGAUGGUGUUGCUGAUGUUCAAUUAAUUGCUGAUUUACACAAAUCAGAAGUAUUCAAGGUUGGAAAAGAAUUGAAUGUUCCAAGUUCCAUCCUUGGGGCACCACCUUCUGCGGAUUUGUGGGCAGGUCAAACCGAUGAAAAUGAAUUGGGAUUUCCCUAUGAUUUUGUGGAAUUAUUGACUGAAUUCAUGACUAAGAGUGAAGAAGAACAAGCUCGUUUCAAACAAUCCUUUUCAGAUCCUCAAGCUUUGAAACAAUUUGAGGAAUUGAGUGCUGAGGCUAAAUUGAUUCACAAACGUAACAAUCAUAAGGCUAAAUAUCCAUUGAAUUUGAAUAUUAUUCAUCCAGAGGGUGAUAAUUAUUGUGCGUUAGAAUAA